GCAAGCGCGGGCGACAACGGAUAGAUGUGGCUCGCGUCCCUUCUCUCGUGGGUGCGUGCGUGUGUGUGUGUGCAUGCGUGAGUACGUGAGUGAGUGAGUGAGUGAGUGAGUGAGUAUCGCACGCGCCGGGCUGCUUGCCGCCAAGUGCUUCGAACGGCUACUAACUACGACAUCCGUCCAUCAGGUCCACACAGUUUGAUCUCUUCAAACUUUCAGGAGGGAUAUAAUUGUUUUCUUUCUUUAGUUUUGGUUUAUACUCGAACAAACAGAGUAUCACCUACGCUGGCGUUUCGACCUCCUGCACUGCUCGUUUCUUGUACCUGGAGAAGGAUGUGAGAUGUCUGUCGGCGGCCCAGGUUACGAUGUCCAACGAGACGGUCGUGAACGAAGACCUGCGCAGUUUCUCCGAGUGGUACGCCCGUUACCAUGGCUACGUGUCGCUGUGCGUCUGUGUCGGGGGCAUUGUGACCAACACGUUCAACGUCACCGUGCUCACCAGACGAAACAUGCGCACGCCCGUCAAUCAGAUACUUACAGGUCUCGCUGUGUCUGACAUCAUAACCAUGUUGAGUUAUGUCCCUUUUGCCGUCCACUUCUACUGCGUACAUCCGGUCAACAGCGCCUCUCCGGAGAAAAACUCCCGGGGCUGGAUGCGCUUCCUGUUGUUCCACAUCAACCUGACCACAGUGACGCACACCAUCUCCAUCUGGCUCUGCGUCCUUCUCGCCAUCGUCCGAUAUCUUCACAUCCGGUCACCGACGCGCGCCAGCUCAGUGCGCCUGCGCAGGAUCACCCAAUCGCGAUAUCUCAUCUUCGGGACGUAUCUCCUGUCCAUCCUUGUCAUGAUUCCCAACUACCUGACCAACGAACUCAAAUCUCAAGCGUGGUCUGACGACGGCGCGAGAGUGAACGAGACUAUCUACGUGCUGGAGAAUUUACGACUCGGUAGCAACGACACGAACCCUCUGGUUCUCGCCAACGUCUGGAUGUACGCCAUUUUGGCGAAGCUGAUACCUUGCUUUCUCAUAUCCGUCUUCGGGGCGCUCUUGCUGUACCAGAUGAGGGCGAAGAUCAAACAGCGAAAAGACUUCCUCAAAGUCUCCGCCUCCAACAACCAUAAGCUUCAUGAACAUUCCAGAACCACCAAAAUGUUGAUGACGGUUAUUGUGUUGUUUCUCAUCACAGAGCUGCCUCAGGGUGUGCUGAUUAUCCUGAGCGCCUGCAAGGCGGGUUUCUUUCUCAAAGUGUACAUGCCCUUGGGGGACCUCAUGGAUAUAUGUGCUUUGGUGAACAACGCGGUGAAUUUUAUUUUGUAUUGCUCCAUGAGCGCUAAAUUCCGACAGACGUUCCUGAAGUUGUACUGUAGCUGUAGCCGAGAGUGUCAUCAAGACCUAGAGGAGAAUGGCUAUGUGCUGAGGGACAAGGCCGACUCUUUCAGUAACAACAAUGAGAUGGAGAAUGCGCUCUAGCAAACUCACGAAUUGACCGUGCCAAGAGAGGGAGAGGGGGAGAGAGGGAGAGAAAGACAGAGAAAGAGAGGAGAAGAGUGAGAGGGGAAGAGAGAG